GUUACGACUGCAAUGUGUUCAGUAUUUUACUAUAUACGCAAAUAUCCUUCUAUAAAAUCUAAAGCACUUUCUGAGAUUAAUGAGAUAUUUGGACAUUCAAUAUCUUUAAAUUCCCUUUACGAAGAUAUAGAAAAACUAACAUAUUGUGAUGCCUUAAUUAAAGAAACACUUCGCUUAAUCCCACCAUUUCCAAAUUUCUCACGAUCGAAUUCUGAACCUGUAGAAGUUGGUGGACAUCUAUGGAAAGAGGGACAAACAUUUGUAUUAUUUUACUCAAGAAUAAAUAUUAAUAAAAAUGAUUGGAUUGAUGGUGAAAUUUUUGAUCCUGAAAGGUUUUUGAAGAAUAAAAAUAGUAAGCGGUCAAUAAAUGCUAAAGAUGCUAAUAAUAAAAGGGCGUUUACAACAUUUGGUGGAGGUGCUAGGGGAAAGCUCUGGGCGAUUGUUGAAAUAAAAGUACUUUUAGUGGCAGUCUUAAUGAGAUAUGAUUUGGAAUUUGUAAAUAAUGAUCAAGGAUUGGACUUAUUUUGUGAUUCAUCCUAUCAUUGGAGAGAACUUAGAAUUCGUUUAAGUCCUAGAGUGCAGGAAGCAUAA